CAUUUAAGGCGGUUAGUCAAAAUCCGACCCACCGUGGGAAUUAUCCGAAGUCGAUUCCUUUCUUUCAUCCUCGCGCAGAGCAAAACCCUUUCGGAACCGAAGAAGGGAGAGAUAAAGAGCUGACAGAAGGAGAAGAAGAAGAAGAAGGGGAAAGAAAGCAACCAAUAGAAAGAGGAAGCAGAAGGGCAAAAACAAAUGCAGACGCCGUCUGACGCCGACCGAUCUCCGCGCUCCCCGAGAGGGCCGCUCACCGCGGCCGGCGGCCAGCGGAAGAUUGCGAUCGCCGUCGAUCUGAGCGAUGAGAGCGCGUACGCCGUGAAAUGGGCGGUCCAGAACUACCUACGCCCUGGGGACAACGUCAUCCUCCUCCACGUCCGACCGACGAGUGUCCUGUACGGUGCUGACUGGGGCUCAAUCGACGUCUCCAUGGAUACUGACCAGGAGGCGAAGCAGAAGCUCGAGGUUGAGUUCGAUACAUUCACGACGACGAAGGCGACCGACCUCGCGCAGCCGCUCGUCGAUGCGCAGAUCCCGUUUCGAAUCCACAUCGUGAAGGAUCACGACAUGAAAGAGAGGCUUUGCCUCGAGGUCGAGCGCCUUUGCCUCAGUGCGGUUAUUAUGGGAAGCAGGGGCAUCGGUGCCUCCAGGCGGAACAGCAAGGGCCGGCUAGGCAGCGUCAGCGACUACUGCGUCCACCACUGCGUGUGCCCCGUGGUCGUCGUGCGCUAUCCAGACGAAAAGGAAGGUGGAGUGGCUGCUGGAGACGAUAACGCACUGGCGAGGGAGACGGAGCUGCAUCCGGUGCCGGAGGAGGAGCAGGAAUACCAUUCCGCUUCCGAGGAGCAGAAAGAAAAAGGGACUUGAGUUCGGCUGAUAGCAGGACCGUCUCUUUUCAUGAUAGAAAGUGAGGACCGAGUCUUGGGGGGGUUUUAGGUCGUGGUGCUGUUUAGUGGGAGUUCUAAACUCUUGAUCAAGUCCUGGCUUUUUUUUUUUUUAAUAUUUUUCACUGCAGAUAAAUUACCUGUGGUUAUAGAAUCAGGAUUACAUGUUCAUGUAUCUUGUUGGGAUUUACAGGCAUUGUUUUCUUGGGAUUUACUGGCAUUGUUUCAAUGCCACUUUUCA